GACAUGCUGCUUGUGAUUGCUCUACGAGAGAAGGAAACGAAACUCAGCCCCACAAAGCCAUUGGGCACCACAUGUAUUUGGCCAUAGAAGAUUCAUUAGUAGAUAGCAACAAAUCAAAAAAGGAAGAGAAAAAAAAACAUUGCACACCUCGCGUAAAACAAAGGUUUUCAAUGAUAAAUAGAUACCCAAGUGAGAGGAGAAAAGAUAUUCCUCUCAAAAGUGAAAAAUGGAAAGCAAGUUGAAGAGAGCAGAUUCCAUGCCUCACCGUCUUCAAAUGAUACUAAUGGUGGUGCUGCUGCUGCUGAUUCAGGACCUUUGUUGUAACUGCAAAGUUGCUGGUCCAGAGGACGCCUUUCACUAUGGAAUGUGCAGUGGUUCCAUGACAGAGUGCAAUGAAGAAAAUGAGAUGCUCAUGGAAUCAGAAAUCAGCCGGAGGUUUCUUCAACCGCAGAAAUAUAUAUCAUAUGGAGCUCUAAAAAAAGACCAAGCGGUUUGCAAUAAACAACCUUACCGUGGAAAUUGCAUACCUGGACCAUCAAACACGUAUAACAGGGGGUGCAAAGCAAUUUACCAUUGCAAAAGUUGACAAGGAAGGUAAGAGAAAAAUGUAUUCAUAUAGCUUAUGUUUCAACUUAUUCUGCCUUGCUGAUAUGUAAGUGGGUAUUCCUCGGCAUUCUGCAGUGUUCCUAGUUUUAAUAAAUGGGUACUAUUUUAGUAUUCCAAGAACAUUCAUAACAAGAUGUAAGAUCAUCCUUUUCCCAUUUCAAUGCAAAAAUAUUAUUGCUCCCUCCAAUAUUGGGAGGAGAACUAGUAAAAUUCUCAAUUUGAG